AUGUUGAAUUCGUUCGUUCUCUUGCCAGGACUGUGGAGCUGUCUAAAUGAAAAUCAUUACAUAGCCCAGAAGUUGUUCUUCUGCUUGCUGUUGGUCAGUUUCAUUCCGGAUGCUGUCAUCUUUGGAACUGUUUUCAGCGCUACGUACACUGGCGUCGGGGGCAUUUACAUCUUAGGUAUAAUUGCGGCUUCCUUCAACUUAAUCCUGAAGCCUAUAUCGGCUGCAAUCAUUUUCCUUCUGCUCAAAAAACAAGGAAUUCCAAUAUUUGAUGGAAAGGAUGAAGUAUGUAGUCUCUCACUAGAUUCCUGGCCAACUUCCACGCAGACGGGAGAUGAAGAAAGAACCAAUAAAAACUUAAGAGAGUAUUCCAUACGAACCAGUGGACAUUUUUGA